CAACAAUAGUACGAGAGUAGCUUAGCUUACUGUAUGUAUACAAUAACUAGCUGCUGUAUGUAUACAAUAACUAUAACUGUGGAGGCAGGUAUACAGACGAAUUAAGAGAAACAAUAAUGAUUCAUUGUUAGAUUAGGAAGAUGAUUAAAUGAUUAAAAAUGACAUUCCACAUGGGAAAUAGUACGGUGGAGCUGCCGGUCAGUCCAACUUUGACGUCGAUAUCAACAUUUGGAUUGCCGUCUUCAUUAGGAACAACCACACAGAGCCCUCUAUUAUUAAACCCCGGUAACAUUACCCACUGUUUGCCACUCUCCAAUCGUACAUCCCUGCCGCUCGUCCUGACCGCCCCUGAGCAUCUAGAUGAACUCGUCCUCAGUCAUUACACUCAACACAAAGUGGGCGAUUCCAUUCGUCUUUCUUGUGAUAUCAGUAGAGAGUUACAGGGUGAUGGCUUGCUUACGUGCGUUACGUCGACAAAGGGGGCCCAUUGGGAUAAGGUAGUCCCUUUAUGUGUUGAGAGGAAGAUAGCCUUGCCCCCACCACCGCCCAAGUUUAACGGGACAGUGUUCAAAUCUUCCGUAAUUGGAGGAGUGAUCGCUGUUGUCAUACUAUUAGCAUUCAUUACUUUCUUCAUGUAUCGUCUUAGAGAGCAUCAACGCAGAAAACGGAUGGCAAGGGAGGAACGGGACAGAAGCAGUACAACUGUCACUGUUAUGACCGAUUGCGCCGUAUCGCCAUCUCACGACGCCCCGGGAAACAUGCUGUUAACUACCUUUACUACGGUGGCCAUUACUGACAACAACGCAGAGGCAAACCCUAAAGACGUCGUCAUAAACAAUCUAACACCUCAGUCUUCGUGUGUUAUCCCUGCCCCGGCAUACACCGCCACUGUUCACAGCAGUAGAACGACAAAUAAAGGAGAGAUAACUGGUCGAAACACAGGGCCCGCGUCUAUAAGUGUACCAUGCCCUGUAGCCCCGAUUCAGUUUGCCCAAGGGGAAUGCAGUCCACCGUAUUAUGACACGCCAAACAUUACUAGCCCAACUAGUGAUAACAAGCUUGAUCUAGGAGUUGAAAGUUCCGAGGACAAAUAUGACGAACCAGCUAAUGUUGAUACUGACGACGACAUAAUGGCGGACUUUAAAUUCCCAAAUACUAAAGUUAUUGUAAAAGACGAAUCAGAAGAUGAGCCAACGAGAUAUGAGAUACCCGAAGCUCAACCAGGGAAUGCUAAAAGCGUUGUAGUUAUAAGGAGCCCCGAAGCAAGCCCACGUUACGAAGCGGUUGAUGACGAAUUGCCGUCGAGCCCCAGCUACGAAAUACUCUCUUCUGACGUCCCUAAACGAUCUGUCAGUUACCCUGAGCCUCCUAGUCCUGGUUAUGAGAUACCCGACGUGGCCGGAAAUAGGCCAAAUAGCUUCGACAAUAUACCACUGCCAUGCUACGACGCACCUUCUAAUAAACCUAUUGAAGUCAAGAAAGAUCCAUUUGGCAUUAGCCCUCUGGAAACCCCCGAACGGGUGAGCGUCAAUUCUAAGCGUUCAUCAGACAUUGAUGGAAUACGAUCUGAUAGUACCGUAUCACUUUGUAGUCACUACACUGAUAUGUCCAGGCAAAACUCCACACUUAGUUUUCACAACGACAAUCCCGAUGAUACAAUGAUGGCCAGUACUUUCCCACCUCCACCAGCCCCCGAAACCAUUGCUGCCAUUAUAAAUGAUUCGCUGGAGCAAGUCCAAUCGGCAAACGAAGACUGUGCCAAUUACGUCCUUCCUGACCCAACUCCUAAACCCCACGAAAAUGUCACAUCAGACUUGUACGAUGUACCGCCUCUAACAUCAUCGAGGCAAAACUCUACGGUUGACCAAUCCAACGCUGAUAUGAACGAGACAAGCGCUCACACUGAACAUCUAACAGACGACACAAGUUCUGAACCAAAGAACGAAUAUGAGAAUGUACAGCGAGAGACGAUGGAUACAAAUGAUGCCUAUGUCAACACAAGGCUACCUCUUGAGAAUGACAAAUUGCCCGUCACAACUGUCUGAUGAAGGAACGCAAUCAUCAUAUCCAAGUGGACUCUAAAAUGGAUAACCCAAUACAUGAUCAAAAAGGAACUAUGGGCAUCUUUACUCUGCGCCUAAAUAUUACAGGGAAUAUAAUUAUAAAAUUGAACAUUACAAAUCUGGAGUUCGUGCAUAAACUUUUGGACAAACUCAAAUGGAACCAUGGAAACGUCAACCAUGAAAGCCAUCACCAUAAAAACAUUGAUUUCGAGAAUCGUUACCAUGGAAACCAUCACCACAUCAUAUUAAAACGUGAUACAAACAAUACGGAAGCUACCAGUUCUUCAGAUAUACAGAAUACCACAAAUCAUACCAAUAAGACAAAUAACACUAUUCUACAACCAAACGCUGCAAUCGUCACCAUGGCAACGAACAAUACAACAAAUGACACCGUGUCACUGAACACGACAUUGAAUGCACAGACAAUAACCAUACACCAUUCAGGGCUAGGGGCGAGACAUAUCGCCAUCAUAGUAGUCAUAGCUGGAUUAGCAGUAACACUAGCUGUUGUAGUGGUGUUCUUGGCCAUAAUGUGUGCUAGGAGAGAUAACUCUCCAGUUGAGGUUGGCCAAACACGUGGGAGAGACAAUAAAGCUGUAAUUGAUGCACUGUUUGCCUCAACGCAAAACGCAGAGUCGUUAGUUUGAAAUAGUAUUCAUUGGAAAAUAUAUAUUAGAUAAACCUUAGUAGU